GGCGCCAUGACUCACCGCACCAUCCACCUGUUCCGCAAGGGGCUCCGCCUCCACGACAACCCCACGCUGGUGGCGGCGCUGGAGUCGUCGGAGGCGCUGUACCCGGUGUACGUGCUGGACCGCGCCUUCCUGGAGGGGGCGAUGCGCAUGGGCGCUCUGCGCUGGCGCUUCCUCCUGCAGAGCCUGCGGGACCUGCAGCGGGGCCUGGCCGCCCUGGGCUCCCGCCUCUACGUGCUGCAGGGCCGCCACGAGGCCGUGCUGCGCGAGCUCGUCCGCCGCUGGGGCGUCACCCAGCUCACCUUCGACGCCGAGGUGGAGCCCUUCUACGCCCGGCUGGACGACAGCCUGCGCGCCCUGGCCCAGGAGCUGGGGCUGAGCGUGCAGUCCUGCGUGGCGCACACCCUCUACGACGUCAAGAGGAUUAUCAAAGCCAACGGCGGGAAGCCCCCGCUGACCUACAAGAAGUUCCUCCAAGUGCUGUCUGUGCUGGGAGAGCCUGACAAGCCAGCCCGGGAGAUCACGCGCCAGGACUUUGAGAAGUGCAAAACUCCCACAGAAGAAGGGAGUGAGAAUGAGUACCAGGUGCCGACCCUGGAGGAUCUUGGGAUAGAGGUGGAUGUUGAGGUCUUGUGGCCUGGCGGGGAAACUCAGGGGCUGAAGAGGCUGGAGAAGCACCUGGAGAGCCAGGGCUGGGUUGUCAACUUCUCCAAGCCUCGUACCAUCCCCAACUCCCUGUUACCGAGCACAACCGGCCUCAGCCCCUACUUCAGCCUGGGCUGCCUGUCUGUCCGUUCCUUCUACUACAGGCUGUCUAACAUCUAUGCACAGUCCAAGAACCACUCCCUGCCCCCAGUAUCCCUCCAGGGACAGGUGUUGUGGAGGGAGUUCUUCUACACCGUUGCUUCCGCCACCCCCAACUUCACCAAGAUGGCCGGCAACCCCAUCUGUCUGCAGAUCAACUGGUAUGAGAACCAGGAGGCGCUGGACAAGUGGAGGACGGCGCAGACGGGCUUCCCCUGGAUCGACGCCAUCAUGACCCAGCUGCGGCAGGAGGGCUGGAUCCACCACCUGGCCCGGCACGCCGUGGCCUGCUUCCUGACCCGAGGAGACCUGUGGAUCAGCUGGGAGGAGGGCAUGAAGGUAUUCGAGGAGUACCUCCUGGACGCAGACUACAGUGUGAACGCUGGGAACUGGAUGUGGCUGUCGGCCAGCGCCUUCUUCCACCAGUAUACCCGCAUCUUCUGCCCCGUGCGCUUCGGCCGGCGCACCGACCCCGACGGACAGUACCUCAGGAAAUAUUUGCCGGCGCUCAAGAACUUUCCCUCCAAGUACAUCUACGAGCCCUGGACCGCUCCCCCAGAGGUGCAGGAGGAGGCCGGAUGCAUCGUUGGGAAGGACUACCCCCUGCCCAUGGUCGACCACUCGGAGGUGAGCCAGAGGAACCUGGCCCUCAUGCGGCAGGUUCGCAGUGAGCAGGAGAACACGGCCCAGCUGACCCGAGACUUGGCGGACGACCCCAUGGAGGUGGGCGUGAAGCGGGAGCACCAGGACGACCAGGGCAGCGUCACGCAGGACCACAGCGAGAAGCCAGAGAGGGCCAGCAAGCGCUUCAGCCCCGACAGCGACUGCAAGGCCCUGUCCUACAGCUGGGCCUCCGACGGCAUGCGCCUACCAGAGCUCAGCGGGGAGGUCAUGUGACCGUGCAGAAGUCACAUGACCCUCCCCCUCCCUCCCAACCACCCAGGGAAGGGCACCAGCCCCCAGCUGCUUCCACCACCAUUACCACACACCUGCAUGCCUCUCUCUACCUCUGCCCCUCGGCAGGGGGGGGAAACCCGAAUCACUGGCCGCUAAUGAACACAGACACGUUCAGGUGCCCAAAAAGAGGACAAACUGGCGGCUGGCCACCUUCUUCCAGAUAAUAAGCAAGUGCAAACAGGCUCAUCUGCCUGUAUCUAUGUAGCCCUCCACUGAAAACUCUCUUCCUCUGUCUUCGCAGUCUAAGAUGGGAUGCACAAGUUGCUGUAACAGGCAAACUACCUCUAAUUAUUGUCAACUGUGAACAGGCAGUAUCGCAGGUAGCAACGGACAGUCUUUUUUUUUUUUUUUUUUUUUUUUGAAGGACCACAACUUGAUGCAUCAACAGCUCAAUGCUUCCUGGUCCCAAGUAGUUUCCUCUCUUCCAGCCGAACUGUACAUUUCUGUGGAAGGAUUAGAGGUCCGCUUUGGUUCCUGUUUAGACUUGGGAUGAACUGAAAACAUAUACUGCUAACAAUUUGUAAUUAAUGUUGUGUUAAAAGCAAUGAUUCAGAUUCACUCCCAUAAUGGUGGAAUGCAAAGUCUCUGAGCGGGUGCUAAACUUCAAACAUGUGUUUUAGUGAUGGUACAUCCAUGUUUUAUGU